AUGCAGCCACCAACCUGGUAUCCUGACGUCCCAGCCGUACCUGCUCAGCACGAGGAGCAAGCGCAUGAAGCCCCAGAAACUCCAAGCGACGCCACAGAUCGCUGCGAAGACCCACGUUUGCCCGAAGCGAUGCAGCCUCUCGACUCCUUCUCAUGGCGCGAGGGCAGCUUUGAGGAGAAACUGAUCUUUUGGCUUUGUACGGCCUUGAUCCUCAACUUCUUCCUUGCUGGAGUCGUCCUUUUAAGCGGGGAACUAGCAGUUCGGUGCAAUCAGAACACCAACACCAUGUUCCGCCGACUUGCUCGCAGGACGGUGAAGCUGGGCGCCCUGGGCGCCACUGCGUUCGCCGGUGUCAAGAUUGGACACAUGUGGAUCAACGACGACCUGGAUGACAUAAAGUACGAGGUGGAUCGAGUCUUUUACCACUUUGCCAAGAAGGAGCAGGAGCGUCGGAAGGUGGUGGUCUUGGGCUCCGGCUGGGGUGCGCUGUCCUUCGUGAGGAAGCUCGAUCCGUCGCAGUUCGAUGUGACCGUGGUCUCCCCUCGGCCUUUCUUCUUCUACACACCAUUGCUGGUCGGCAGCACCACUGGUGUCGUUUCGCCUGGUGCCAUCAUCGAGCCGAUCCGCGACAACGUCCCCAACUGCGACUUCUUGCGAGUGCACUGCAAGGACGUAGACCUAGAGGAGAAGAAGGUGCACUGUGACACCGGCCUCACCUUGGACUACGAUCACCUCGUGGUCGCCGUUGGCGCGCAGCCAAACACCUUCGGCAUCCCUGGGGUCGACAAGUACGGCAGGUUUCUGAAAGAAAUCGAGCACGGGCGAGCACUGCGAAAGGAGAUGUUGGACAUCAUCGAAAAGGCCGAGGUCGCCAAUGCCUCCGGAGAUUUGGCCACCGUGAAGAGACUCUUGAACUUCGUAGUCGUCGGUGGAGGACCGACAGGUGUCGAAUUUUGCGGUGAGCUCUCGGACUUCAUCAAACAGGAUAUCAAGCGUCGGUAUCCCAAGAUCGCAGAACACUUCCAGGUCACGCUUGUGGAGGCUCUCCCAGGCCUCCUUACCAUGUUCCACAAGUCUGUUGGCAACUAUGUGCAAGACCACCUUGCCAGCCAGGGCGUGGACGUGAAGUUGAAUGCCAUGGUCAAAGAGGUGGAGCCAGAGAAGGUCCACUUGAAGACCAAGGAAGGUGUCAUCGACAUGGACUAUGGCAUCCUCGUGUGGGUGGCAGGUGUCGGCAUGAGGCCCUUCACCCGGUCGGUGUGCGAGAAGAUUGGCAAGGAGAAUGGACAGACAGAUCGACGUGGGUUGUUGGUGGACGAGUGCUUGCGAGUAAAGGGCACGAAGCUCGGUGAGGUAUUCGCGAUUGGUGACUGCGCCGUUAGCGGAAAGCCACCAACUGCACAGGUGGCGUAUCAGCAAGGCAAGUACCUGGGGCGCAUGUUCCGCCUGGGCAAGGAACAUCUCAUCUCUGACCCAGAAGCGGCGCCUUUCAAAUACUGUCAUCAGGGCACAAUGGCCUACAUCGGGGACUCCCAGGGUGCGGCAGAGAUUGACCCGAACGCCUUCAUCAAGCUGGGUCGCUCCUCUGUCACAGACCACAUGUGGUGGCGAUCCCUCUAUGGUGACACGGACCAACUGAGAGUCAUGGGACCCGCAGGAUUUGCGAUUUGGCGGUCCACCUAUUUCAGCGCCUGGCACGGACUUAUUCGAGACGAAGUGCUGAAGUGCUGCAGCCGCUGCAUGCUUGUGCUCGCCUUUCAAGGCAAGCUGUUCUCCAGCCGAAAUCGCUGGUCUGUUGCAAGCGACUGGCUACGCACUGGCGGCUUGGUGGGCGACAUCAUUCCCAAGCAGUCCCAGUUUUCACCCCAAGUUUGCAAUCGUGCUUUGUGGCUGCUCCUGAAGCUGCUUUUGAGGCAUGUUCGGGCGGCCGGCAUCGUCAUCUGCGCAGGGCACCUCCGCGAUUUGAGAGGCUUUGGCUUUGGCUCCUUGGUACCUGGGGAGCUCCAAGACUGGGCAGACCGUUUGAUCACUUCGGUCAAAGCUGCAGAUAUCGAACAUGUUCGAGUAUGUUGCUGCUGCCUAGACCAGCCUCGACUGACUCGUGUCAUCGUGGCGAGACGCAUCAAAAAGAAGCGACGUGGCGACGAGUCAGAUCGCGCACAGAGCAUGCCAGCUUGUGCUGACGGUUUGGACAGGCCGGCUUAUCCAGGCGCUGGCUUCCUGCGACAUAAGCGCGCGGACAGCCUGGAUCUUGCAGGAGUGCCCCACUCUGAUCGCGGCUGGCCUGUGCUGGGCCACCGGAGACGAGGCAUCCGCGGGCCGCUUGGGCAAUUGUGCAGUGCUGUUGUGCUUCGUUAUCCAUUAUGUAAAUCGCUCCGUCAUCUACCCUUUGCGGAUGAAAGGCUCCAAGCCUGUGCCAUUGCCCGUCAUGCUGAUGGCCAUGAUGUUCUGUGCCACCAAUGGUUAUAUCCAGUGCAGAAGCCUGACAAGGUUCCUAGUGAUACCAAUGUCAUGGAGGACUUUGGCCGGCAUCGUGCUUUGGGCCACAGGUGCAUCAACUUGGAUGCAGAUCACAGGUUGAGAAGCCUGAGGAAGCCUGGCGAGACGGGGUACAAAGUGCCUCGUGGGGGAAUGUUUGAGUACAUCUCAGGUGCCAACUUCUUUGGGGAGAUCGUUGAGUGGACUGGCUAUGCUCUGGCGAUGGGCUUCGCCCUGCCAGGGCUAACUUUUGCGCUGUGCACCGCUGCCAAUAUCGGGCCAAGAGCUCUUUGGCUGCAUCGAUAG